GCUGUUUCCUGUCUACAGUGUCUGUGUAAUGUAGAUAAAUGUGAGGAUUUUCUCUAAAUCCCUCUUCUGUUUGCUAAAUCUCACUGUCACUGCUAAAAUCAGAGCAGAUAGAGCCUGCGCAAUGGAAUAAAGUCCUCAAUAUUGAAAUGUGACAUUGCUCUCAACAUCUCACAUCUCUCUGGAUUUCUUUUUUCUCAUCAUUACUGCUAACAAAUUCAUUUCCAGACUUUGCACUUUUAAGAAGCAAUGGAAAAAAUCAACAGUCUUUCAACACAAUUAGUUAAGUGCUGCUUGUGUGAUUUCUUGAAGGUAAAGAUGCACACUGUGUCCUACAUCCAUUUCUUCUACCUUGGCCUGUGUUUGCUCACCUUAACCAGUUCUGCUGCUGCUGGCCCAGAAACACUCUGUGGUGCUGAGCUGGUUGAUGCUCUUCAGUUCGUCUGUGGAGACAGAGGCUUUUACUUCAGUAAGCCCACAGGGUAUGGAUCCAGCAGUAGACGCUUACACCACAAGGGAAUAGUGGAUGAAUGCUGCUUCCAGAGUUGUGACCUGAGGAGGCUGGAGAUGUAUUGUGCUCCAAUCAAGCCACCAAAAUCAGCACGGUCUGUACGUGCUCAGCGCCACACUGAUAUGCCAAAAGCACAAAAGGAAGUGCAUUUGAAGAAUACAAGUAGAGGGAACACAGGAAGCAGAAACUACAGAAUGUAAGAACAUGCCAUCCACAAGAAUGAAGAAUGAAUGUGCCAUCUGCAGGAUACUUUGCUGUAAAUAAAUUAUUUGUUAAACAUUGGAAGACUUACAAAAAAAACAGUGGUUUAAAAAGCUUGAUGCAAUCUCAACCAAUGGGCAUUCUCCCAGUGAACAAUGCAACUAAACAUUCCAAUAUUAAGUCUUUAGAGAACAUUUUAACCAGCCCAGAGCUAAAAAUUCUGUGGUUGAUAGAUUACUGUUUGUUAACCUGUUUUAAAUGUCCUGCAUAAAAAUCUCUAAAAGUCCUGUGCCCCUCAAAAGCCUACAAAUUUAUGGGCCUUUGAUGGAUCUGAUUGCACUAAAUUAACCUAUGAA